AUGCCCAGUCCGUCACUCGUCAAUGCUAAGAGCGUGACUUUCAUGCCACUUCGAAGAUUUGCAGUCUCUGGGAACUGGCCAAGAAUGCAAUCUAACGAAGACAUUACCUCGACCAAGAAAGCCCGUCGCGCCUCACUGGAAUCUACUCCAGACUCGCAUACUCCAAAUGACUCCUCCCACCCUGACUGCCAUCCACUUCAAGAUGAAGAAACUAGUGAAGAUAUGGAAGCCUCCGCAGACCCUACCUCAAGACCAUUGCAAGCACCUGACCAGCCUAGCACUUCCAAGUUCCGCAUCACAAGCUCCAGAGACUUUGACACUGCAGUUGAUUCACUGUUUGCCAUUGAAAAGGAGUUUCCAUUCAUUGAUGCUACCACCUCCAUCACCAAAGACGGAGACUUCAUUCUUUCCGCCAACACUGAAUCUACAAAAGAUCUUUUAAACUCACUCCGUACCCUGUCAUCCGGAAAAGUGGUCAACAUACUGCCCCACACGACUCCACCCAGGACCUUCAAAUCUAUUGUGGAACGCUUUCCAAUAGGCUUCCCUCUACAACGACUUACUGACCUACCCUUUGUUGUUUCGGCAACCAGAUGUGUAUCUAGAACCACCAAGGAGGAGACACGUCAAGUCCUUCUCAUCACAAAUGAUACCCCGCCACCAGAGAUCAAUCUGGGUAUUUUUGGAAAAUUCCAAACAAGAGCAUAUAUCCCCGAGCCCCUUCGCUGUUUUAAAUGCCAGCAGUUUGGUCAUCAUCAAGCCAAAUGCAGAGCCUCCCCACGCUGUGCCAUUUGUGCCCAACCUCAUGCCACAGAAGGCUGUUUGUCCAAACUGAAAGCUGGGGAAAAAACAGAGGCCAAAUGCCCGAACUGUGGAGGCAACCACCAUGCGUGGAACCUCAGAUGUGAGAAGAGACGGGCUCUUUUACCAAAAAGCGAAACACCAACGGGACCUUCAGCACAAAGGACUUUGCCUAGGAAACUGCACGACUGGAGUAAUCCUCCACCACGCCAACCGACUCCUCUCCACAACUCUACUGCUGUAAGCGCAGUUAGCGCUCUCCAACCACCUAGUUCACCACAACUCAGCACUCCUCAGACAUCUGUCAGACCUGUUCAGCCAAUUCCGGCCACACUUCAAGGUGCUACCUCCGCAAUGACAUCUCCCACCCCACAUGACUCUGCCAUCAGCAAGUUCUUGGCGAAUACGAUCCAGCUUGGCCUCCUAGCUCUAGGCAGAUCAGUGGACCCUUCUAUACUCCAGCUCCUGGUGGACAAUGUCAUCUCUGCCUUACUCACGACGACACACCCUCUCCCUCGACCGCAAAAAGAAUCCACUGAACCACAAGAAGCCACUCCUGCUACUUCUGCGGAUUCUAUGAACGACACUUUUCUGACAUCCGACAACUUUCCACCUCUACCACAACCUUCAACUUCAGGACCAAUCAAUCCUACGGCCAAGCGGCAGCCAUCUCAAUCCUCUAGAGUGGUCAUUCCUGUGGCAGACACCUCAAGCUCUAACUCUCAUGACAACCACAAAGAAUCUGCAAACUACCAACUUUCAGCCCACACACCGUCAACAUAUCCCACAAAUGGAUAG